AACGCACUUCCGGUCCAAGAGUUUGUAAACAAUGAAAGGAGAUAUGGAGUCGUCAAGAGGUCUUACCUAAAAAUACUCCUCUGUACAGGCCAUAAUAAGUGCAUAAUAUAUGUCCUGCAUGCCGUGCACAACCACAGACAUCAGACACAGCGGGCUGCAGAAAGGACGAUCGCUAAACACAACGGAAGCCUGGCGAGUCUUUUAAAGGCCACCUAGACGUGUUUCGUCGUGUUUGUCGUGUCGUGCAGGGCCAACUCGAUGGGGAACUGUCUGUCUUCUCAAGGCACUGAUGAUCUGUCGCUGCUGAACGAGUCCGAAGGGGCGAGUCUGCCCGGAGAGCCUCCGCCGCCCUACCAGGAGCGGGUGCAGGUGCCCGUGUACUAUCCCACGCCCAGUCAGACGCGGCUGGCCUCUCAGCUGACGGAGGAGGAGCAGGUCCGUAUCGCUCAACGCAUCGGCCUCAUCCAGCACCUGCCCCGUGGGAUCUUCGACCCGGGCUCAGAGCCGUCUGACAAGAAGAUCAAAGAGUGUGUGAUCUGCAUGAUGGACUUUGAGUACGGCGACCCGAUCAGGUUCCUGCCCUGCAUGCACAUCUAUCACAUGGACUGCAUUGACGCCUGGCUCAUGCGCUCCUUCACUUGCCCUUCCUGUAUGGAGCCCGUUGACGCAGCGCUGCUGUCUUCCUACGAGACAAACUGAGAGUGCCUGCGCAUACUGAGAGAUGUGCCAAUGAGUCUGCCAAGAGCCCCGAAACACUCGGGACGGUAGAUUGAACAAAUGAAGGUGGCGUUACUGUGUGUGUGUGUGUGUGUGUUCAGAGACUGUAAACAGUUCCAAUGUUAAACUUAAAAGGCCCCAGAAGAAUGUUUAAAAUCUCUCACUUGCAUGUCAAAGCUCUUUUCAGUCACAUAUACAUGUAAUUGAUGAAAAUGUGAAGUUUGGCAAGGUGGAAAACCCACUGAAGCAUCUCUAAUGAAGAUAGAGGAAAUUUAUAUUAGGAUAGAAUUCAUUAUAUACUUGUUUUCUUUUUGUGUUCUAACCAAAUUCAUGAAAUGUGCAAUAUAUGCAAGAGGGACUCGUGUCCUUCUGAUUGGAUAUGAAACCUGCCCAUCGCCAAACUUCCGCCAAUGAGAAUUUGAGGAGUCCAGUGGGCGGAGUUUCAUUUCUGCAGGCUGUGAAUGUACUGAUUAUGGCUCACAAUUAGAAUGCUGAAAAACCUUUAUUACAUGAGAGAACCUUAUUUACGAGAAGACGUGCCGUGAUAACGUUUUACUUGCAAUCUCGUGAUGCACUAACUGGUGUUUGAGGUGGUAGUUUUACAGAGUCUUUCUAUAAUUUGAAUCAUCUUUUUCCUAAAUGGUUGUUUUUGGUGUUACAUGUUGGAUCCUGUAUGUCCCCAGUUAGCUUUGCCUUGUCUAUUUGGAAUUGGAAUGAACAGUCUUUAGUAGUUUUCUUUCUUUAUUUGUCAAUGAGAAUGAUAUUAAUACAAUCACUAAACUUUGUGCACCUUCAAAUGUUGCAGACUUAAAGUCAGCCUUUACAGUGGAAGCUUUAAAGUGGUUCCUUUUUUUCCUGAUCAAUGCAAACUUUUUAUUAAAAUUAAAAAAAGGAGCAUAUGCUUCAGUCAGUUUUGAUACUGUUCGUAAUGUCUUUGAGUCUUUUGUGUAAGUCAGCUGAAUAUAUGAUCUUGUUCCUGUCACUGAACUGCUUGUGCAACAAGGAAGAUUUUCACAUUUGUUGUUUUGUUUGCUCAGUUAUUGUGCUGGAUUAAUGAUGUUAAUCGGACUGAACUGUGUUAGGAGCUCCAUGUAUAGCCUGAAACUAUAUUCAUAAAAUAUUUCAUUCUGCUCUAGCCUUCCUCUGUAUCUCUGUACUGAAUCCUUGUGACUUAAAUUGUGAUUGACUACCAAGAACAGUGUCUGAAAAUCUAAAAAUCAACCUGUUGUCGCUCUUAGAUAUCAUACUGGAUGAAUUACUUAAUUUUCUAUUCAUGACUCAGAAUUGAAAUGUAGCUCUAGCACAACACAAACUUGAAAAUAAAUGUAAUAAUUAUGUGAAGUACAAUCAUCACAACAUUUUAUUUUGUUUCAAAAUAAAACCAAAUUCAUUUCUAAAAAAGUAUUUGCUUGUUGGUGCAAUAGAAAUGUCAACAAAAACAUGGCUUUGUUUAUGUGCAAUGACAGCACAAGAAUAGUAUUAUAAUACAAUAAAGGUUGCCAAAUUCUUCCAUA